ACGCGCGGCUGUCCGAUCGAUCUCUUUCUCUCUCUCUCCCUCUCUCUCUCUCUCUCUCUCUCUCUCCUUCUUUCCGUCUCGUCUCGCACAACGACGAGACCGAGGCGCGGCCGAGUCGAGUCGAGCCGGGAGCCAGGAGUCACGGCGGGACCGAGACGCGUGUUGUGCCAUCGAUACGCUCGGCGGAGGACGAGAGCGGCACAGGAGCGAGCGAGCGAGAAAGCCACAGGACUCCGCGCGGAAGGAGCGGGAGCGAGAGCGCAACGCGAGAACGAGGACGAGCGAGGAAGAGCGAGAAAGACGUGUUGAGAAGACGUCCAGCUACGGCAGUACGAUGCAGAGCAACGGUUCGGAGAAUGUAGGAUCCGAGAACGGAGUCGAUAAAUCCGGAUGGACGGUGGGUUUGAUCAACGGGAAGUUUAAGUACCUAACGGCGGAGACGUUCGGCUUUAAAAUCAACGCUAACGGAUCGAGCCUGAAGAAGAAGCAACUGUGGACUCUGGAGGGCAGCGAGCAUCAGGUUUUCCUACGCUCGCACUUGGAUCGAUACUUAGCAGUCGACCAGUUUGGUAAUGUGACGUGCGAGAGCGAGGACUCGUCGGAUCCGGGAUGCGCUUUCCAAAUACAACUCGCUUCCGACGGCAGCGGGCGAUGGGCGCUGAAGAACCUCCAGAGAGGCUACUUCUUAGGCUCGAGCCAAGAUGAAUUGAAGUGUACCGCUAAGGCCCCAGGCGAGGCGGAAUAUUGGCUCGUACACCUCGCCGCCAGACCGCAGGUGAACCUUCGUUCGGCCGGAAGAAAACGUUUCGCACAUCUGAGCGCCACUCAGGAUGAAAUUCACGUGGAUGCGCCGGUGCCCUGGGGUGAGGAUACUCUAUUUACCUUGGAAUUCCGCCCGGCGACCAUGGGCGACGACGACAGCCACGGGAAUCAUUCCAAGUCCGAGGGCGGUCAUUAUGCGCUGCAUACUUGCAAUAAUAAAUAUCUCGCACGUGACGGCAAACUUCUGGACGCCUGCACGCGAGACUGCUUGUACGCCGCGGAAUUCCACGCUGGUCUUCUCGCUCUUCGGGAUAUACACGGCGCGUAUUUGGCACCGAUCGGAAGUAAGGCUGUUCUGAAGUCGAGAUCAACGACUGUUACGCGCGAUGAGCUCUUCUCCUUGGAGGAAUCUUUGCCGCAGGCGUCUUUCGUCGCGGCGUUGAACCAACGAUAUGUUUCCGUGAAGCAAGGUGUUGACGUGACGGCCAAUCAAGAUGAGAUCUCCGGCCACGAGACAUUCCAGUUAGAAUUCGAUCGAGUGACGAAACGAUGGUACGUGCGAACGAUGCAGGACCGUUACUGGAGCCUGGAGGCUGGCGGCGGUAUACAGGCAUCCGAUCAUAAACGUUCGUCGAACGCGCUCUUCGACCUGGCGUGGCAAUCGGACGACGGCACGGUCGCAUUGCGCGCGAACAAUGGCAAGUUCCUGGCCACCAAGCGAUCCGGCCAUCUCUACGCAAACGCUGACUCGUUGAACAGCAACGAUUCCGACGCCGCCAAAUAUUACUUCUACUUGAUGAAUCGACCUGUGCUGGUGCUACGAUGCGAGCAGGGCUUCGUCGGGCCCAAAAGCGCGGCCAGUCCCAAGCUCGAAUGCAACAAGGCCGUCUACGAGACGAUACGCGUCGAGCGAUGUGAACGUGGCGUAGUCAGGUUCAAAGGACAAAACGGGAAAUACUGGCACGCGGACAGCGAGGGAGUAACUGUCGAUUCGGAUAUGCCGUCCGAUGGCUUUUAUCUGGAACUGCGCGAACCAUCACGGAUCUGCAUCAAGUGCGUGGACGGCCGGUAUCUUACCGCAGGCAAGAACGGCGCGCUGCGCCUGGGCGAAUCGGACUACGAAUCUGCCACGAAGUGGGAGUUCUAAUGCGGAGGAUGAAAGAAAGAAAACGUAAAUGCAACGAGCAAGAUGUGUAUUCCACUGCCUCCUCAGCUUUGGUCGUAACUCGCAGUACCAUAUCCCCGGAAUAAACAGGAUCAUUGGCGGUUCACGCUGGUUUCCUGCCUGCGUACUUAAUCGAGCAUACCGCGUCGUGCCGGCGUCGAAGCGACAGUCUAUUCGACGUUCGAUCGCGAUACGUACACUUUCUUUUCUUUUUCUGGUAAAGCUUCACGGAUUCGCAAUAUAUUCAAGACUGACAAUUUAUUCAGAUAACGCAAAAAAAGUCCGAGAGAGACGUCCAAAGGACCGGAUAUCAUAAUUGUCUACGGUCUAUUUUAUACGUAACACACACGUACACUUUUAUAUAUCUUUAUAUAUUUAUAAGUACAUAUAGCUUACCACGCUGCGAGCUCAUUAUAUAUUAUAUAUCUACAUAUACAUACAUAUAUAUAUAUAUAUAUAUAUCUCUUUCGUAUGCAUUAUUUUAACUGAUCGCAGAAUUGGUGUAACAAUCGUUAUAUUAUAUGUAUAUGUUUAUUAUUUUAAUUUAUGCUAAUUUAUUUCGAGACAAAAAGAAUUUAUAUGAUAAUGUGGGCAUGCAUUCAGGGAGAAACAGUAUUUUUUUUUAUUCUGCUCGUGGUGUGGUAACGAGUUUUUGCUAUCGUUAUGAAUACAACUUUUAUAUAUUAGGCAGAUUAUUUAAAAGGAUAUAUAGAAGUAACAGCUAAGAAGGCACAAUUGAAAGAAAGGUAAGAAAGAAAGGUUCAAUUCGAUCAACACCUGGUCGCUGUUCCCGGUUAAGAAAAUCAGCAAUCAACUUCUAGAUUUCAUUACUGAGAUACAUCCCUUACGAUAAGUUAGGAGAAGCGCAUUUAACGAGAUGCACGCGCAAUUUCGCUGUACUACCCUCGCAUGCUUCACACAUACUAGCCUACCGCGUAUGUUAAGUAAUGAAAUGAAAUAUGCCGAAUUAAGGCUUGGUGAUGGAAAGAUUCGUAGCACACACGAUCGCUUUUUUUUUUCUUCCUUUUUCUUUAUGUUCAUUAAGGAUAAUGUGGCGGAUGUUACACGUUUUUUAGCAGUAAAACAGAUUUUAUUUCAGUCUCUUUUGCCGACGACGAUCGACAAAUUAUUUUAUAAUUUAAGAAUUUUUUGGUAUAUGAAAUAAAAAAUGCGAGGUACAAAAAUCGAUUUUUCAGCUAGAUUAUUUCAAGAAAAAGAGAGAGAGAAAGACAGGAGGAGACAUUAAGGUUUGUCAGUCUCGUGUAAAUAUAUGUUUGCCUCUUGAAUAUCAUUACACUAAUUAUACUAAUUGUAGCGUGAUACUGCGUACGCUUCGCGCCACUUAAUUUUAGAGCGUAAAGCACGUAUCUAUGAUGCGAAGCGUGCGAAAACUAUUCGUUGAAUAUUUUCCUUCUUUGGUCAGGACAUUGCUCAGAUGUAUGUCUCCACUGACGACGAUACACACAUUACUCUCUUAAAUAUACUUAUGUAUAAGCGGCAA